AUGGCUGAAGCAGAUGCCGGGGCCACGGCUCCGUUUUCGGAGCCCUUGGACCUCGUUCGUCUCUCGCUUGACGAGGUGGUUUUCGUGAAGCUUCGUGGAGAUCGAGAGCUAAAAGGUCGUCUUCAUGCCUACGAUAGUCAUUGCAAUUUGGUCUUGGGCGAUGUGGAAGAAACAAUAUACAUAGUCGAGGAAGAUGAAUCCGAACGGGAAACGAUCAAGACGAUCAAGAAGCAAGAAGAAAUGCUUUUCGUGAGAGGGGACUCUGUUGUCUUGAUAUCUCCCCAACCUCCAUCAUAA